GGGAACGAGAGUGAGCGACCGGAGAGAGAAGCUCACCGACUGUACACAGGAUUCAGCUAUACUGGAAUGUAUUCAGUUAUUUUACAUUAAAUACAUUCUGAGAGGAGACUAUAAACACUAAAGGGCUUCAAGAAGUUGGAAAAGCUGAUAUUUCAAGAAUUACCUAUUACACAGAAUAUGACCGACACCUAGCGCAAAGUAAAGGCAUGGCGACGGCGUACCUCGAGCCCAGCCUGAGCCACGGCGUGGGUGCUGGGGUCAAGUCCCGGCUCAGCGUGGGAACGGAGCGCUCCAACUCUGCCCCCGACCGCGUCCUCAAGGUCUUCCACCACUUCGAGAACAACAGCGAGCACAGCACGUGGUGCAGCAACAUCCGCCAUGGAGACGGCACGGACGUCAGGGGAAUCAUACAGAAGAUUGUGGAUAUACACAAGGUGAAAUGUGUGGCAUGUUUUGGUCUGCGGCUCAGAUACGUCCAAUCAGGAGAUGUCCACUGGCUUCACCCUGACAUGGGUGUGUCCCACGUGAGAGAGAAAUAUGAGCAGAACCGGCCGCAGGAUGAAUGGAGGUAUGAACUGCGGAUUCGUUAUCUACCCAAGGGCUUCCUUAAUCAUUUUACAGACGAUAAACCAACACUAAAUUACUUCUAUCAGCAGGUGAAGCACGACUACAUGCUAGAAAUAGCCGAUCAGGUGGACCAGGACAUUGCGCUAAAGCUAGGGUGCCUUGAGAUCAGGAGGUUUUUCAGAGAAAUGAGAGGAAAUGCACUGGAUAAGAAAUCCAACUAUGAACUGUUAGAAAAAGAUGUUGGGCUCAGGAGAUUCUUCCCCAAAAGUCUGCUGGACUCAGUCAAGGCAAAAAAUUUACGGAAGCAGAUCCAGCAGACAUUUAAGCAGUUUGCUAGUAUGAAUGAUGAGCAGAGUAUUCUCAAGUUCUUCGAGAUUCUCACACCAGUGUACAGAUUCGACAAGGAGUGCUUCAAAUGUGCUCUAGGGUCAAGUUGGGUCAUUUCGGUGGAGCUGGCUAUCGGCCCUGAAGAGGGCAUCAGUUAUCUCACGGACAAAGGCUCAACGCCGACACACCUGGCUAACUUCACACAGGUGCAGAGUAUCCAGUAUUCCAUCAUGGAGGAUAGAGAAAGGAAGGGCAUGCUGCAGCUGGACGUGGCUGGGGCCGCUGAGCCUCUCACCGUCACCACGCCGUCCUUCACCACAGCGGAGAACAUGGCCGACCUGAUCGAUGGAUACUGUCGCCUGGUCAACGGUGUUGCACAUUCUUUUAUUGUCAGAGCUCAGAAAGCAGAGGGUGAGAGAGCACUUCCAUCUAUUCCAAAGCUUGGUAACAAUGAGAAGAAGCUAGAGGCUGUCCGAGCAGGGGUGCGGGCAAUCUCUGUGUCAGAAGAAGAUAUUAGUGGGGAUGAAACGGACGACUAUGCAGAGAUCAUAGACGAGGAGGAUACAUACACCAUGCCUUCCACCAGGGAUUAUGAGAUCCAACGGGACCGUAUCGAGCUGGGCCGCUGUAUAGGAGAGGGCCAGUUUGGAGACGUCCAUCAGGGGGUCUACGCCAGUCCAGAGAACCCAACUUUGUCCGUGGCCAUUAAGACAUGCAAGAACUGCACCUCAGACAGUGUGCGGGAGAAAUUCCUGCAGGAAGCCUUGACAAUGCGGCAGUUUGACCAUCCACAUAUCGUAAAGCUGAUUGGCGUGAUCACGGAGAACCCUGUCUGGAUUAUCAUGGAGCUCUGCACACUAGGAGAGUUGAGGUCGUUUUUACAAGUCAGGAAAUACAACUUGGAUCUGGCAACUCUGAUUCUGUUUGCCUAUCAGUUGAGCACAGCGUUGGCAUACCUGGAGAGCAAGAGAUUUGUGCACAGGGAUAUUGCUGCCAGGAAUGUCUUAGUGUCUUCCACAGACUGUGUGAAACUUGGAGACUUUGGACUCUCCAGGUACAUGGAGGACAGCUCCUAUUACAAAGCUUCCAAAGGGAAACUGCCAAUCAAGUGGAUGGCACCAGAAUCCAUAAACUUCCGCCGCUUUACCUCAGCCAGUGAUGUGUGGAUGUUUGGUGUGUGCAAGUGGGAGAUUCUGAUGUUUGGUAUCAAGCCAUUCCAAGGUGUAAAGAACAAUGAUGUGAUUGGUCGAAUAGAAAAUGGUGAGCGCCUGGCUAUGCCCCCCAACUGCCCUCCUACCCUUUACAGUCUGAUGACCAAGUGCUGGGCCUACGAUCCAAGCAAAAGACCCCGCUUCACCGAGCUCAAGACCCAGCUUAGCACUAUUCUGGAGGAGGAGAAGGCUCAGCAGGAGGAGAGGUUGCGAAUGGAGAUGAGGCGACAGGUCACCGUGUCCUGGGAUUCCGGUGGAUCGGAUGAAGCGCCUCCCAAACCCAGCCGACCUGGUUACCCCAGUCCACGGUCCAGUGAAGGCUUCUACCCAAGUCCUCAGCAUGCAGGCCAGCACAACCAUUAUCAGGGAUCUGCUUACUCUGGAUCUCACGGCAUGUCCUCUAUGCCUAGUGGAGGAUACCCAGCCCAGGCUUCUGUUUUGGACCAACAUGAGAGCUGGAACCACCACAGACCAGACAUGCUCAUGUGGUCUCCAAAUAUGGAGGACGGAGGUGCCCUAGACAUGAGGGCACUGGGACAAGGGCUGCCAGCCCAUCUGAUGGAGGAGAGGCUGAUGAUGCAGCAGCAGCAGAUGGAGGAGGACCAGCGCUGGCUUGAACAGGAGGAGAGCUUCUUGAAGCUGGAGUCCAGGAACUCGAGAGGCAGCAUUGACCGGGAGGAUGGUGCUCUACAGGGACUAACGGGAAACCAGCACAUAUAUCAACCUGUGGGCAAAGCAGAUCCAGGACCUCCACCUAAGAAACCCCCUCGGCCUGGUGCUCCCACUCACCUGAGCAACACAACAGGCAUCAACCCGAUCGACAGCUACAAUGAAGGCGUGAAGAUCCAGCCUCAAGAGAUAAGUCCUCCACCCACAGCCAACCUUGACCGUUCCAAUGAUAAAGUCUAUGAGAAUGUAACGGGAUUGGUGAAGGCGGUCAUUGAAAUGUCCAGUAAAAUCCAGCCUGCCUCCCCAGAGGAAUAUGUGCCAAUGGUGAAAGAGGUGGGGUUGGCACUGCGAACGCUGCUGGCAACCGUGGAUGAGACCAUACCAAUCCUACCGGCAAGCACACACAGAGAGAUUGAAAUGGCACAGAAACUGCUGAACUCUGACCUGGCCGAGCUGAUCAGUAAGAUGAAGCUAGCACAGCAGUACAUGCUCACCAGUCUGCAGCAGGACUACAAGAAGCAGAUGCUGACCGCUGCACAUGCCCUCGCUGUUGACGCCAAAAACCUGCUGGACGUGAUCGACCAGGCCAGGCUCAAGAUGAUCACUCAGUCCCGGCCUCACUAGGAGAGACGCCGUUAACAUAGCACACCAGAGUGAAGAGGUGGGACAGUCAAUGCUGGGACAAGAUGUUUUGUGUUCUGGAUCACACAUCACCAGUGGCCCUUCACUUGAACUCUUGCCACUGUGAAGAACCACACCCACAGGAAUAUGGAAGAAACCUUUUUAUUUACAGAGACUGGUCACUCCAGUCAGUGAGCUGGUUUUGUCAGACUUAUGCUGCAACUGGAACCCACAUGGAACACUGUGCUAAUGCACAGCCUGGAACAACCUGAUGUAACCCGAUGUAACCCAAAGGUCUAUUAUAGACACACGCACACUUCCUAUUCUGAACUGUCUUAUAGCAGAUAUGCUUCUACUAUAACUAUACUGAGAGCUCACACUGUUCUCCUCUGAUCUACAUUUAGAGGACACCUAGAAACACAUUUCCUACCACACCAUGCUGUUUAAACUACUAUACUCCACACAAAGGUUUCUGUUUUUAAAGAAUCACACCCCAAUAUACAGUAUAAAGUGAAAAAGAAAAGGGGUGUUUCUUAAAAAAUAUCAAUGGGUAGAAAAAUGCCAUCAAGGACUGUUCACACGUUCACUAAAUUCAUAUCGGUCAGUGAAAGCACAGUUUGAGCAGCGUGAGGCCUUUUACCCAUCGCCUUUUUAAAAAGUGGGUCGACAUGUACCACAUAUCUUACUUUUUCCUUUAAGACUGAUGUACUCAGUCCUAUUGAGUGUUUUCACACUCGCUCCAUGUACAGUACAAUCUAUAAAUGAAUCCACUUUGUCACUCUGAUAAAUUAUUCUCAGGUAAUUCUGACUGUACAGAAUCUUUAACUAAUAAAAUGUGUUACUCUUG